CACUUCAGCACAGUGCCGAGCGGAGAGAGGACACACACACACACACACACACACACCCGCGGUCUGUGAUAGGAACCCAGGCGCGCCACACUCCCUCCUCAGCCGGGACACCGGGUGUCUGUGAAGCCCGUCGGCCGCGGCUGUGCGUCCCCCGCUCGUCCGCGCCGUGACGCGCCGCGACGCGCCGGGCCGGUCGCAUUCCCCCUGGAAGCUGGAUGAAUUAUCAUUGGGGAGUUGUGAACAAGUGCGAGAAGAACGCCGAGGCUCGGGAUCUGCCCCCCCGCUCCGUCCAGGGAAGAAGAGAAGACUCCGCCGGAGUUGUGGACGAUGAUGGAGGGGACGUCCCUGUAUCUUCCCGUGGUCGUGCUCCUGAUGCAAUGUUCCCCGUCUGCUCCUGUCACCGUGUCGACCAACGCGCACAAGGUGGAGGUGCGCGAGAACUCAGACGCAGUGCUGUCCUGCACGUUCCGCACGGAGCAAGACCAGUACCCGCGCAUCGAGUGGAAGAAGAAGGGCAAAGACGUCUCCUUCGUGUACUUUGAUGGACACUUCAAAGUUCCCUUUAAAGGCCGGGCGACCAUCGACGGGGCCACAGUGACGCUGCACAGGGUGACCCAGGAGGACGCCGGCGAGUACCGCUGCGAGAUCAGCGCUCCCCUCGACUCCGUCAGCCUGGGCGAGACCAACGUGACGCUGAAAGUCCUCGUGCCCCCCCAAACGCCAUCCUGCGAGAUCCCCAGUGCGGCAGUGACGGGCUCAGUGGUGCAGCUGCGCUGUAGUGACCACCAGAGCAUCCCGCCCGCCACGUACUCCUGGUUCAAGAACAACCUGCCAAUCAGCCCGCCUCGCCAUGCCAACGCCACCUACUUAAUCAACACACACACAGGAAUACUGGAGUUCACAGCUGUCGGCAAAGAGGACACCGGCCGGUACAGCUGCCUGGCAUCGAACGGGGUCGGGUCGCCCAAGAUGUGCGAGGGCAAGCACAUGACAAUAGAGGACGUGAACAUCACGGCGGUGGUCGCCGCCGUGCUGGUGGUCUGCCUGGUGGUGGCGGCGUGCAGCUGCGGAGGCUUCCUCCUGCGCCGCAACGGCUUUUUCAGCCCAGGACACAGAGGAAGGUCCUUUUGGAUCUCCCAGUGUCACGGUGCAGCCCACAUCAGCAGCCAAACCCUGCACAGAACAGAGGACACGUCCAAUGUCAACUACGUCCCUCCGCCCCAAGACCCCCAGGAUUUCAAACACACCCAGUCGUUCAUGCUCUGAGAAGCUGGCCUUUCUUUGAGAUGUGAUAAGGUGCCAACACUGGAUCCUUUGAUUUUAUGGUUUUUUUUAAAAUAUUUUUUUGUUUUUCUCUCUGGACCCCCGAAUGAGCACCUGAUCUUCCAGUACCGCGCUACUCUCAGUCUUCUUCCUCCUCUGCCACUCCUUUUCUGGAUGGAUUAUGAAAAGCAAACGUGCAAGGCUUCUCUUACUCCUCUUGCUUUGCUGUGUGAUGGUGACGUCUACCGCUCCUGUGGGAUUAAGACACAGUUUCGUGGCACUCUGCUCCCCCCUGGUGGUCGUGACAGUGAAGUUCCACUCUCUUCUCUGGACGAUCAAGGGGAAGAACAGAGACUUUGAACACUUUUUCCUUCCCUCUGCAGGCCACUUAUUUAAGUCUGAUUAGUUUGAACCAAAGACCGACCGAUACAUUUAAAGGGUAUUUCUGUUUUUGUGCUUGCUUUAAAAACUGAAUCAUCACGAGGGAUUCCUCGUUGAAGCCAUAGGGAAAAAGCAUUUCAGUUGACUCCAAUAUCAAUGCAGUUUACCUCAGCUCACACUGUCUUCUGUAAAACUGGGGCCCCUGGCAUCCCGAGGGGCCACAGUGCCACGAAAGACCCUCAUGGUACUGGAACAAAGACAGUCCAGGGGAACAGGAAGCCGCUCCACUCUCAGCUGCCAAUUACACUGAGACCAACCCCCAUUCCAUCCUAAUGUGCCUGCAUGGUCUUUUUAUAUACACACACACACAUAUAUAUAUAUAUAUAUAAAAUAUAUAAAAUAUACCUUGUGCCUUUUAAUUUGUCUGUCAUUUAUCUAUGAAUCACAGUUUUUUGUAAAGAAUUUGCCUUACUUCUUUCUGUCUCUAUAUUUUUGUGCCACUGUUAAUCGGAGAGGUUGCGUGUCUGUUUUUAGACAGUGUGUGGAUGGAUUCUUCAGAGUUUUAUUUGAAUGGUGUAUCGGUAAUAAAGUUUUUUCUAUUCAAAACUA